UUGGAGCGGCGCCUUAGCGCUAAGACGGGCCGCAGCCGGGGCUGGGAUGCGGUGCGGUGUGCGUGGGGAACGCGCACAUCGCCUGCUGCAUCGGCACUGGAUGGUUAAUUAAAUAAACGGCUCGUUAAAUGCCUUUGGCGGGGCGCGUUCGGCCACGCGUUAAACGCGGGGUUGGGCAGUGCUCUGGAUGUGCAUAUGAAGUGCUGCGAUAAAUGUGCCUGCAGCGUGCUGCGGUGGAGGUGGCGCGGGCAUUAAAUAGCGCAUUGGGCGGGCACAGGGGGCGUGGCGGUCGGGGUACGGCUUCUGCAACAUAAACGGUUCUAUACCCGAAAAAUGCACACCGAGCACCUUGCACACCUGGCUAAUCCCACCCGCCCGCGCAGCGCCAUUCGGGAGCAAAACCCACGCCGUGCAGAACAGCCUUUGCCCUUCAGGAGGUGCAGAAUUGGCCCUGCUUUUUUAAUUUUAGGCCCAGCAGUUGUGCGAGAUGCUGCCGAGUGCUGGUGUCUAUUACUUCCCAUGGGAGAUCAACAACUCAAUCCCUGAGGGGGAGGCCCUGAGGACGUUUGGCAGGUUAUGCUGCUAUGACCUGGCCCGAUCCGAAGCCAUUCUCACCGCUCAGCACAGCUCAGUUCAGUACCAGGUCUGUGUCGACACCAAGUUUGUGGAGCCGUUCCAAGCCCAGCUGGGAUCUUUCUACAUCGUCCUGGGAGAGGCUGAAUACAGGGAAGAAACUUCCAGUCCCGUGGUAAAAGCACGAAUAUUGACCUGUGUGGAAGGGAUGAACGUGCCCUUGCUGGAACAAGCCAUACAGGAGCAGAGGAAGUACUUCAAGGAGAGGCAGGAGCAGAGGGAAAGCAGCACAUCCUGACAGCUCCGAGACCUGCCAUACGCUGGUCCUUGCACUGCCAUUUGCAACAAAUAUGUUAAAAGUAAAUUAGGAUGUGGGUUUGCUACAUGGGUUUUGCUGUGGCAAACAGCAAAGUCACCGAGCAGGGAAGCACUUGAAGACUGUGAGUCAGUCUGUGACUGGGUUAUCCAUUCAUGCCGUGUGUCAUCACUGAAAAUAGCUCAGGGAAGGUUUGUUGUUUGUUUUUUGAAAAGGUGACUAAGGAAAGGGGACACUUGGGUUAUACUGGUCCUUUUGUAAAACAGGGCCUGAGAAGUCGGGAAAAGGAGAAGUCUCCGAAUCUGGAGUUAAGCAACUCAUUGUUGGCAGAUUGGAGGAAAGAGGAAAGGGUGUUCUGACUCAGUUGCCACACAGGAACAUUCCUGGCAAAACACUCACUUACCUGGAUUGACCAACAAAGAAACAAGAAGAACAAAGAGUCCCUAUUUUCAGUAGCAGCUGCCUCUUCAGGCUUUCAGUAGCUGGUGUUCAAGGGGAGGAUUGAUUUUACCUCUAAGAUAAAUAUUUGCAGUGCCUUCACAACCAUCACUUGACUUUCUUCCUUGACACAAUUAAGUUUUAGAGAUCUUAAAUCCCUUUUGAGAGAUUUUUUUUUUUAAUUGAUAUUUUCCUAAAUAAAGAUGAAAAGAGAAGGCAGCCUGUCUUUUAUUGAUU